UUAUUUGGAAUAUUGACAAGAGCUCUCUGGUGUUAAACAGAUGUUCAAGCUGCCCUUGGAAGAAGGCAAACUUCCUGUAUUUGUCUUUCCACAGUCAUUGUCAUUCUAUUUAGAUGACUCCAUUACACACAAACAGGUCCUAACACUCUAUAAUCCUUAUGAUUUUUCAAUCAGAUUCAAAGUUCUUGGCACCUCACCUCAAAAGUAUUCUGUGGAUCAUACAGAAGGCACUGUAAAAUCUAAGUGUUGUGUGGACAUAGUUGUCAAGCAUCGCCAGUUAAUUAAGUCAAAUGAAGAGGUUAAAGAUAAAUUCCUUAUUCAUAUUUAUCAUCAUGGAAAAAACCGGAAAACAUUGGGAAAACGUGAGAUCUCAGCCACUCUCUAUUCAACUCGAGUUUCCCUUGGCUCCAGAUUAGAAGAUAAUUUCCAGGCUUUACCAAAUGGUGGGAAAGUAGAAUUAAAGCAACGUCUUGUCACUGAUGAUCAAACCUUAACAAAAUGGCCCAGUAUGUUCCUUAUAAGUCUUAGUAUGAUUUGUAUAGCUGUCUUGAUGCUACCUAAUGAAGGCACUACCCCAGAUACUAUGGUGCCAUCCUUUCUCAGAGUUACGGUCAAUCAAAAGUGUGUGGCAGCUUAUGUUCUUGGUGCCAUCACAAUGAUUCUGUUGAAAUCAUAUUCUUAAUUUUUGAAGUUCUUUUGUGUUCAAAGAAUUCAUGGAAUGCAGAUAAAUUGGUUUUAGGGAAAAUAAAAAAUCCAACCUACAGUUGUAAUAUAUAACUGUGUACUUUAUAUUUAUUUCUAAAGCAAGACAGCAACACUUCUGACAUCAUAUCAAACUAUUCCUUAGAAAAAUUUGAUUUGAAAAUGUAAUGUCUAAAUAAACUUAUAUUUUUCAAAUUAUGUUUGUACAAAAGAAAAAAACAAUUUAUCAAUAAGAAAUUUUGAAUGCAAUAUGUAUCAUUUCCAGUUAAAUGCUUCAGCUUACUAUUUUCAUUGUAUAGAAAUCAAAUCCUUCCAGGAUUGAUAAAAUACCAAUCCACUUGUGCCAAUGUAAAAAAAUUUUUCAGUAUAUAUGCAAGGUUAUAUAUAGAUUACCCAUGUAAUCUAUAAUAUUAUUGUUUCAUGAAAUGGACAUAGGUCUUGAAGCUUGCUAAAUUAUUUACUUUAUGAAAUCAUACUGAAUUUGUCUUUUUACCUUGUCCACUGUAAGUUAUAAGUUCCAUAUUGUUUGUUGUGUGUCACCUCCAGUCCAUGAAAAACAACUGUAACUCCAUUUUAUAUUCUUUUUGGUGUUAUAUGUACAAAAGUUAAUAAACUGAAUACAACAAA